GAUUUCAUUGAAAAACGAGAAAACUUUGCGCGGUGCCAAUAAAAUUUUCGGCGUAUUUUCAAAAUAUUUAUUUUUUUUGAAACUUGAUAAAUUUUUAUUCAAUUGUGAGAUUGUGAAAAAACUAUGCGAAUUAUUACUUCAAUAUUUAAAAAUACUCAAUUGUUGCAAUCAAAAAAAGUUCAGCCAUGUUCAGAUUCAAUUUCAACGUCGAAAAUGAUUCUGAUGUGCAAGAUCCCAACGUAGUAUCUUCAUCAGACAACGAAGAAUCAAAAAAAGAUUCAAGCUGUAUUCUUGCCAAUGAAGUGGUUUCCCCUGAGAAUUCAUCAUUGGAUCAGUAUUCAUUCAAGCCCAUCAGUGUGGAAAGCUCUCAUUUCAUGAUUCGUAAUUUUGAGACUGAAGGAGAUAAAACUCAAGAAGACGAAUUUUUGUCAAAAUUCUAUUCAACUUGUGACGUUACGCCGUCAGUUUAUGAAGGCGGAUUGAAAAUUUGGGAAUGUACCUACGAUUUAUUAUUAUACCUCAUUCAUAACGAUAUCGAAUUCAGAAACAAAACCGUCCUGGAUUUAGGCUGUGGCUGUGGCAUAUUAGGAAUAUAUGCUGCUCAAAAAGGAGCUAAAACCGUUCACUUUCACGAUUAUAAUAUCGAUGUCCUGAAAAAAUUCACCAUACCGAAUGUUACCAAAAAUGAAAUCAAAUCGAGUACGACUUUCGUUGCAGGAGAUUGGAGUUCGUUCUGUGAUUUAGAUUCUAUUCAGAAUACAACUUACGAUUACAUUUUAUCAUCUGAAACGUUAUACAAUACAGCUAGUUACAGCAAAUUAUCUGGAAUUUUUUCCAACAAGUUGAAGAAGAAUGGUAAAAUACUUUUAGCUUCUAAAUCAUACUACUUCGGAGUCGGUGGAAAUACGAAACAGUUUCUAGAAUACUUAGAUCAAGAUCAGAAAUUCGAAUGGGAUAUCGUGUGGAAAAAUUCUGAAGGCGUACAGAGAGAAAUCAUAAAUGUGACAUUUCGUAGUGUUUCAUCUUGAAUUUUUUUAUCACCAUUUCCUGACGAAUUGAAAAGAGUGUUAUUGAGCGCAGUGAAUAGAGUAAAGGAAGCAAGAAGCGAAUACUAAUUUUAUUGUAAUAUAAUGAAAUCUAAAUACGUUCUGCGAUAUAUUGGUAACUAUAAAAGUGAAUCAGAAGCGAUGUCAAGAAGGGCUUCCGCUUCAUUAGCUGCUUGAUUUCCUGUAUUUGUGCAAAAAUGAAAUGAACGUUGUUUAUUGAUGGAAUAAAUGAAUUUUUUGAAAUCGA